GAAUCAAACACCAAAAACCACAACAAAGCCGCAUAUCAUGGAAGAGUUCAGCGUUCGUAGUAUCAGCCUGCAACAGGUGCAAAACCAGACCAGCCACAACACCGAAGGUCUGAGUUCCACCACUGUGGUUCUGCGGAGAGGACAGGCCUUCACAGUGGCUAUCAACUAUGAUGGACGACCAUUCGAUCCACUGAAGGAAAAAAUGAUCUUCAGAAUUACUUUAGGUCCACUGAUUGUGGAUGUCCCGGUCUCUAGGUUCGGACAACCCUCUCCGACUCAAUGGACUGCCGUUCUGGAGAGGAGCACCAUGGGCCUGACUGCCCUACGCCCGACUGUCCCAGGCCCAACUCUCCCACGUCCGACUGGCCCGGGCCCGACUGCCCCCCGUGCACUAUCUGUAUCGCUGUCCAGCCCUGCGUCUGCUUCUAUCGGUGUCUACACACUCGAGUUGAGAGUCGAGACCCACCUGGGUGUGAAAACACACUCGGUCGGUCAGAUCACGCUCCUCUGCAACCCCUGGUCCCAAGCUGAUUCGGUGUACCUGCAGUCUGAAGUUCUGAGGACUGAAUAUGUCAAGAGUGAUAACGGCGUGCUGUUUAAAGGAAGCCCCAGGAGCAUCUUUGCCAGAUCCUGGUCGUUCAAUCAGUAUGAAAAAGGAAUACUGGACAUCUGUAUGAAAUUGCUGCAGUUGAGUCCUCAACAUCAAGCAGACAUGAGAAGAGAUCUGCAGAACCGCAGCAAUCCGGUGUACAUCGGCCGUGUGAUCUCAGCGAUGGUGAACUCUAAUGAUGAAGAUGGAGGGGUGUUAACUGGAAAAUGGUCAGGUAGCUACAGCGAUGGCAUCGCCCCCUGGAUUUGGACCGGCAGCGCAGAUAUUCUCAAGAAGUGGGCAGAAACGCAGUUCAGUCCUGUGAAAUAUGGACAGUGCUGGGUGUUUGCUGCUGUCAUGUGUACAGUAAUGAGAGCCCUUGGCAUUCCGACUCGAGUCAUCACCAACUUCAGCUCUGGUCAUGACCAAAACGGGGAUAUGGUGAUUGAGGAAUAUUAUGAUGAGAAUGGGAAUAAGCUGCCCAUCGGCAAAGAUAGCAUCUG